UCCUCUCUGAUUGGUUGAGUGAGCGUGUACGUAGCAACCGUCCGGAAGAUGUCGCUCAGGCCAGUCCAAAAAAACUUCCGCCUUAAGUUGUAAAGAAAAACAUAGCUGCUGCUAAAAAGACGGUUCUCGGACGACGCAAGCGCCCCUAAAAGCAGUCCGAACACAGGUUGCAGUCCCUGUGGAGAUAAGAUAUUGUUUUUAGAAGAGUGUGCAUGUGUGCGAGUGUGUAUAUGUGAAUAAGUUGCUGUGCGUGGGUGUGUGUGCGUGCGUGCGUGUGCAUGUAUGUAUGUGUGCGUGUGUGUGUGACUGUGUCACCCCCUCACCACCAUCUGACCGAGAGCUCUUCCUCCUUGGAGGAUGACAAUGGAGGAGAUGAAGAAUGAAGCGGAGACAAACUCCAUGGUAUCCAUGACUCUCUACGCUGUGAUGUACCCUGUUUUUAAUGAGUUGGAAAGGAUCAACCUAUCAGCAGCGCAGACGCUCAGAGCGGCCUUCAUCAAGGCAGAGAGGGAAAACCCUGGCCUGACUCAGGACAUCAUCAUGAAGAUCUUGGAGAAGAAAAACGUCCAAAUCAACUUCACCGAAUCGUUGCUACGCAUGGCCGCUGACGAUGUGGAGGAGUUUACCAUCGACCGGCCCGAGCAGGAGUUCCAGGACCUGAACGACAAGGCCCGGGCACUGAAGCACAUCCUCAGCAAAAUCCCGGAUGAGAUCAAUGACAGAGUACGCUUCCUGCAGACUAUCAAAGAUAUAGCCAGCGCCAUUAAAGAGCUCCUGGACACGGUCAACAACGUCAUUAAGAAGUAUCAAUACCAGAAUCGCAGAGCUCUGGAGCAUCAGAAAAAGGAGUUUGUGAAGUACUCGAAAAGCUUCAGCGACACCCUCAAAACGUACUUCAAAGAUGGAAAGGCGAUCAACGUCUUCAACAGCGCAAAUCGGCUCAUUCACCAAACCAACCUCAUCCUGCAGACCUUCAAGACCGGCGCCUAGCACACUGAGGACGAGGUGAUCGGCGCUUGGGAGCGCCUGACCCGUAUUUGUAAAUUAGGAAGAGUUGAUUUUAGGGUUGGGGAUCCGCAGCGGGAGACUGAAAAGUGCCAUUCGUCAAAAACAAUGAGGAUUUUCCAGUCUCCGGCUAAUCAAGGCCUAAAAGUCUACUUGUUUGAUUUUAUUUGGACGCUUUUAAUUUAUAACCCUGAUCUUUUUUUUUUUGGUUCCUAUUUGGAAGGGGAGUAGUUUGAGGCGAAGUGUUUAUUAAAGACUAAUUGCCAUUUUUCUAAUAUAUUCAUGUUGAUCAUUUUAUGUAAAAAAACAAAACAACAUUGCAACAAUCAUAGCUAAGCAUUAGAGACGGCGUCCAUUAUGUGUCGUUGUGGAGGAUUGAUAGGCGGCUGUUUGAAAGACCCCGCAUUUGAUUCCUCUUGGCUUAUCUGACAAGCGCAAAGGCCAAAUGACUUCUGCUUAAAUGAAUAAUAAAUCCUGCAACAUUCCUUCCUCAUUAACUCGUUGGCUGCCAUUGACGGCGAUAGACAUUCAGUCCAUUUGAACUGGGACGGGCUGGCAGCGAAUGAACGAAUGUUCAUUCGCUGUCAGCCCGUCCCAAUUCAAAUGGAUUGGAAGUCUACUCGUGACAAACUAAUUAAAUUCACAAAAAAAGGGUGAAAAGAGCCAUAUGAUUGAACGUCUAUCACCGUCAACGGCACUGAAAGAGUUAACCGAGACACUCCUCGCUGUCGCGCGUUGUAACAAGAGAUUCUGUAUUUAACUCAACCUGGUUGCAAAUGUUCAAUAAAUAGUUUACAAAUGACGGGUUGAUGCUUUUUGUUAUGUUUUUUUUUUUUGUAAAAUAUUUGCUACCCGACUGUUUCAGUCAUCGGUAGCCAAGAAGUUCAUUUCAAGAAGGGAAUUAAAGUGCCUGUGACAGCAUAAAAAAAAAACGUAAAUAGCAUUAUUAUGUGUAUUAAAAUCAUAUUUUGAGACGAUUUGACGAUUUACUACGAUUAGGCAAAGCGCAAAUGACGAGAAAUCAGUUUUUUAAUCUACUGUUUAGCCCUGUUGUCAUUAUAGCGCUCUAGCGUCCCCAGCUGGAGGAUGACGUUGGCAGGUCACGAUUUCAUCUGAUUUAGAAUUUAGCCCAUUGAGGGAAUUAUUCAGAACGAGGAAAAUGCGACGAAGAGAGCAGCAAAAUGUCAGUUUCAAUUGCUCCAAUAUUUUUACUGGAUUAA